GGUUAGAACCAGACCGGCCGGACCCCUACGAUCUCUGACUGUGAUGUUCUAUUCUGUGUUUGUCCACUGUGAUUUCAAUUUUAUUCAUAAUGAUGCGAAAAGUGUUCUUUCUCUACUUGAUCUUCUGCGUUUACAUGAAAAAGAUGUUCUGUCAAAAGACCAACUUCGUAUUCCCCGAGUAUCCAUAUAAGGAGACGAAUAAAAACGAGAUGGCGUACCGGGAGUUCGAGUCUGCGUGUGAGCAGAGUCCCAGCUGCACCCCACUAAAGGGACUGGACAGGCUGAAAUGUGUCCGGGAGUGUAUCUCUCCUACCUGCUACCAGCAUAUAUAUUACAAAGAUCAGAUUGAAGAAGGGGAGAUUGAUGUUCGACUGAACUCUUUCAAAGGGUGCUUCAUCCAGAGGUCCGGUCGCACCCGUUAACUCCCCGGCACGGAUCAGGAUGGGCUGGAUCGAGAGUGCAGGUUUGACGUAGCUUCAAGUGUCCGGUUUCACCUAAACCGUGCUACCUGUGCUUCGUCAAACAACCAGGCUGGUUUUGGUCUGAAUGUGGUUUAUUGGUGUCUUCGAAAAGCUUAAGAUGCCACUGUAUUCACUGUACUAGUAUCUCAAUAGGUGAUCAUAUUUAUAUUAAUAGGAUUUUUUUCCAACCUCAUGUUGACACCAUGUAGAAAAAAUAUUCCACGAUUAAAACUGUUUUUGUAUUAGUUGUAUUGCAUGUAUUACGUUUUCAAAAACUAACUGUUCACUGGACCAUAUUUAAUUUCUUAUUGACCUAGGAUUAUAAAUUAGUACUCAUAAUUUAAGAGAUGUCUAUGUAACUUAGUGUAAAAAUUCUUAAAUGGUUUUUUUUUUAUUGUGACACUCAAAAUUUUAAUUAGGUACACAAAAGGCUUUGUUAGUUUUUAACUUAUUGUAAUAAUUUGUUUAUUCCAAAGCUUAAUUUGUCAAACACGUCAUAAUAAAUUAGAAAUAAUUAGCCAAUUAGAUUUCUUAGCAGUCAAGAUCUGUGUGCAACUUAAGUACUGUAGUAUUAAAACAAACCUCGUAGUACUUCUAGGACAUCUUAAGCGUUUGUUUAAUUGAGUCACACAAUUAGUGUAAGCUAAUUACACUUCACCCUAAGAACUGGAGAGAAUACUCUAAAAGUGUUCUUGACAUUGUUACAUUAAUUAUUCCAAGUACUGCUGUUUGUUGAAAAAUACUAUAAUUAAGUGUUUGGUUAGUUUCUACAGUAGGAUAAAUACAAAGAAGAAUUAAAAUCUUUAUUGGUUUGUACAGUGAUUAAUCAGACAUGUUUACCAGACAUUACAGUAGACCAUUAUGAACGUUUUUUUUUUUAUUAAAUUUACAUUCCCAACUCUAUUUAUAUUCAACAAAUAUGUAUUUUAAUUAAUUAAAUAAUCAAAACAUUUUAUUGAUAGAUAUAAUGCUAUCUGUGUUGAUCAAAUUUUGUUUGCUGCUCCAAUUAAGUAGUUAUUACACUUGUAAUAGUUUGUAUUAUAUCAAAAGACUUUGAGGGUUUUAUUAUUUAAUAAGAUUAUUAUUAUUAUUUUGUAACAUUUUGAAUGCGGUCUAGUUGUGCUCAUAUAAAACUUCUAUAAAAAUAUAUUUUUUCAAAUUUUAUUAAACGAUCAUUAAUUUUAUUACUUAGCACAAUUUUGUACUGAUGGGAUUAGAUUUGUUUACUAUUUUUAUUUUUAAAUGCUACUGAUUACUGAUAUGGAACGUGUAUUACGCUUCCCUGGUUGUAAUGAAGCACAAGUUUUAGGUUUAUUUUUAUAAAAUAGUAAGAUAAGAUUCAUUAUUUAGUACCUGCUUUGGACAUUUUAGUAUAAUGUAAGUGAUGUUCAUUACAAAGUGGUAAAACAGUGUCAAAAUUACACAGCAGUUGCUGAACACUUACAAAA